AUGGAUGCGAGCCAACCGCAGAAGCAAUGCUACAUUGUCACCACAAUUUCCCGCUGUCUGGCUUCUUCAAUUGCUUUUGUGUUCGAAAUAGUGGAUGACGGAAAUUGGUUGACGGAAAAGAAAAAAUCCCGAACACCGGCUGCCGAAUUCCGUUACGGUGAACAAACUCGAAUUACUCCGCUGCCGACGGUUUCGCCUCGAUCGAAAACCCCAGCGCCAGUAGAUGGAGGCCAUCCAUCUGAUCCGAAUUUACCACCGACGACGACAAAACCGCAUACUCUUCAGAGGACAAACACGUUGCUAACGGUCGGACAGGUUGUACCAGGAGGAGCAGCUGCCGAAGAUGGUAGGAUGCAAGAAGGUGACGAGAUCGUUGAGAUCGAUGGUCGGCCGGUCGAAGGCGUCAGUCAUGCUGAGGCCGUAGCGUUACUCGAGAACGCAGCGCACAACAAGCACGUGAAGCUCGUCGUUCGCCGACCAAAAAUGGUUGGUGUCCUUCGUCACUCCAUCCAUAAUGAUCGACCGAUUACCGGAAUGUUGAGUGGUCAUGGUGAGUACGAUGUGACGUUGACGAGAAACGACACCGACGGUUUCGGAUUCAUCAUCAUCUCUUCGUUGAAUAGAAGUGGAUCCACUAUUGGACAAAUUCUUGAAAAUUCUCCAGCAGAGAAUUGCGGGAACUUGAAAGUUGGUGAUCGAGUGGUCGCAGUGAAUGGUAUUGAUAUUCGUAAUCUAUCGCAUGGUGAAAUAGUCGGGCUUAUAAAGGCGUCUGGUCUCACAGUUCGAUUAACAAUUGCUCCUCCAUUGUCCGAUGGGAGCCCACUAGCGUCAAGUACUUUGAACAGAACUGGUUUCCCUACUGCAUAUGCACCGUCACCACCGUCUUCAUACAUUCCUCCUGCAACAAUCCAUCAGAACGGUGGUUACUAUGCUACGGUUGCCAGAAACACUACCUACACGUCUCGUCCACAACAAACGAUGUCGACACUUGCACCAUUUUCAUACACAAAUGGUUCAGCGCUGAAGAGUAGCAUGAACUACUCGGCGUAUCCUAGUGCCAAUUCCCGUCCUAUCUACACAACUUCGAAUAUAAGCGGACAGAUGAAUGGACUAAGGCUGAACAACAGCGUUCCUCCCGACCAAAACUGUCCGAUAAUCUCCGUAGAGUUGGAGCGUGGCGUUCGUGGAUUCGGCUUCUCGAUUCGUGGUGGUCAAGAGUUUGGCGCUAUGCCCCUGUUUGUGCUACGAAUCGCUGAGGACGGUCCAGCUGCGAUCGAUGGACGAUUACAGGUUGGCGAUCAGUUGAUUUCAAUUAAUGGCCGUGAUACUCAGGGACUUACACAUGAAGAAGCAAUUCAGUUAAUCAAACAGCAUCCAACUGUUCGACUUACCGUUCGGCGCCAUAAGCUUCCGUAG